UAAAUUUUUACAUAUUGGAUACAAAUACUCUUCCGUCGCGCCAUGUCCGCGCGCUUCGGCGGGUUUCCGGUCACAUGGUCAUGGGAUGACGAAUAAGUGAUGUUUUGUUUUGUUGAUGCAGAUACUGAGAAACGACAAGGUUCAACUCAACAUGUCGUACGAACAGGACGAAGAGGAUCAGUACACCCAGUACGUCGGAUCCUUUCCCAAGGAGUUUGGCUAUGGACCCUUUGACGGCGAUGGAGAAGGCCUCGCGGGACCGCUCACUGGCGAGCAAAAGCCGCGAAUUCUUCUCAUGGGACUACGUCGGAGUGGCAAGUCUUCAAUCCAGAAAGUGGUGUUUCACAAAAUGUCACCAAAUGAAACAUUAUUUCUUGAAAGCACAAACAAGAUUAUCAAAGAUGAUAUUUCUAAUUCAUCAUUUGUCCAGUUUCAAAUUUGGGAUUUUCCGGGUCAAAUCGAUUUUUUUGAUCCAACAUUCGAUUCAGACAUGAUAUUUGGGGGCUGUGGUGCUCUUGUAUUUGUAAUAGAUGCUCAAGAUGAAUACAACGAUGCACUUAAUCGGCUACACCUGACUGUGACCAAGGCCCACAAGGUGAACCCUAGUAUAAGAUUUGAGGUCUUUAUUCACAAAGUUGAUGGCUUAUCUGAUGACUACAAAAUGGAAACUCAAAGGGACAUUCAUCAAAGAGCUAAUGAUGAUUUGCAAGAAUCAGGUCAGGACCAAAUUCAUUUGAGCUUCCAUCUAACAUCAAUUUAUGAUCACAGUAUAUUUGAAGCGUUCAGCAAAGUUGUUCAGAAACUCAUCCCUCAACUUCCUACACUUGAAAAUUUGCUGAAUAUUUUGAUUUCGAAUUCAGCCAUUGAGAAAGCUUUUCUGUUUGAUGUGGUCUCAAAGAUAUAUAUUGCCACUGAUUUUUCACCUGUUGACAUGCAGAGCUAUGAGUUAUGCUGUGACAUGAUUGAUGUUGUGAUUGAUGUGUCUUGCAUCUAUGGUUUACAUGAAGAUGCAGAGGCGGCAGCCUUUGACUCCCAGAGCUCCAGCCUUAUCAAGCUUAACAAUGGUACCAUACUCUACUUGAGAGAAGUGAACAAAUUUUUAGCUCUAGUCUGCAUUUUGCGUGAAGCUAAUUUUGACCGUCAAGGUGUCAUUGAUUAUAACUUCCUAUGCUUUCGAGAAGCUAUUCAACAAGUUUUUGAGCUGCGCAGUAAGAACCAAAUUGCUUACAAUACUAGUUCUCAGGGUAAUGCCUCAGCUGUUGGUGAAUCAGGCCCAAAUACAUCAACUGGUACAAGUGGGACAAGUAAUGGCUUGUCAAAUCCCACUGCUAUGGACAACUCUCCAAGUAAUAAUACUAAUGAAUCUCUUAAACAGACUCCCUCAGUAAUUUAUCCAGUAUCGGUAACAGACUCAGCUGUUGCUUCUUGAAGUCUUUAAGGUCUAAUCUUCAUGUGAUGGGUGAAUUUGUUUUUAAAUUGCAUUUUCACUUCUAGUAUCUUGAGAAAGCUCUCUUUCUUAUUUUUGAGUUCACUGAAGACUUAAUAUGCUUGAGCAAAUCGGCUGUACGUAUCAGGUUUUGUUAUUAGCAUGGUCUAUUCUGCUGACAAAGCUUUUUGUCUAGUCUAAAUUUACUAAGUUCAGUAAAAAAAAAAUAUAAAUAAAUAAAUAUAGAAACAAAGCAACUUAUAUUUUAAGUAUCAGAAGAUCUCUCCUCACUGUAGAAUUUGUUGCCUAACAAUGAAGCUUUUAAUACAUAGUUGCUUUGAUUUGUACCAUUUGCUCAUUUUGACUGACAUGUUUCAUAUGUAAAUGUCUUGCAAGUGUCAUUCUUUUUCUUAAACACAUAUUCUAAUGAUUCAUCUGGUCAAAGUUCUCCUUAUGUAAAAUUUAUUUUUACUCAUCCAUUUUCCAUUUUUUAUUAUCAUAAAUUUAUCAUCACAUUAUUUUGAAUUUGUCAUGGUGCUGUAUCUCUUUUGUUAUGUUCUGUCCCCAUAAUUUCUGCAGUCACAUUUGUCAUCUUCUGGCUGUGGUUGGGCUGUUACACUGUCCAAUGGUAUGAGAUGCAUCUUGUCAGGCAUGUAAAUCUAUCAAUUCAUAAGUUUUUAGUUUUAGCUGUCUUAUUCUCUUUAAUUUGAUAGAUCAUUCUAGGCUGCUUCAGAGCCUAUAUUUGGGCACUGUUUCUUGCUGUGUUAAGAAUAGGUUAGAUAUUAAUGUUAGUAACUUACUAAAUGGUUACUGGCUUUGGAGAUGAGUCCUGUGAUGAAAAAGACUACACAUUAAUGCAAUUUAUGAGUUGUUGCACCUUGCCGUCUUUGUAAUAAUCAUAUAUCUGUAAUGUGUGAUUAUCAUGACUAAACCUCCUAUUCUGCCCUUAAGGUAAUGAUUAAGCAAAAUGAAUGAUGGUGCUGCUGGUUUAGAAAGUUCCUAAGCACUCAUUCAUUUGAUCAAUUACUAGGUUGAUGAGUUGUAAUUAUGUUAAAGUGUAAAAGUUUUAUUUUUUUACUGAAAAUUAUCUAUGUCUGUUAUUGUUACCGCUAUUUUCUUGUAUGAUAUAGUCCUCAGUUUGGGGUUUUGGUUGAUCAACCUCCCUUUUCAUGAUCAAAUAUAAAAAUGAAGCAAAACACAAAGCUUUGUUUUCUAAUGAGUCAUUCUGCUUGAAUUUCUUAUUUACUAGGACCACCAGAAGUAGAGGUGCCAAUGUUCUUUAUGAGUUGCUGAAUGGAGCACAAACUUAAGUUGAACAACUCACAUGUAUUUUGUGAAAUUCUGAAGAGACUGUAUUUUUGGAACUCAUCUUUGAUUAAUGGCUCAUGGUGAAUUAUUGAUCACAUACUUGAACUUUUGGUCUGAGACAUUCAGUUUGUGAGCUGGCCUUACAUUCAUGGAUCAUGAGUUCCUUCUCUUUGUCUUCUUCUUGCAUAAGUUGCUCAAUAUAAUGUGAGUCAUAAAGUAAUGAACUGUUGUUAUUUCAUACAAGUAGUCUAACCCAUCUUAUGCGAGGAGAAUCAUGUUACAGGUGGUUAAUGUCUGACUAGUUUUUAUAAUUGAUUGUACCCUAAUUUAACCUUGUAUCGGGAGGUUCUUCACUGGAAACUUCUCAUUAGUUGUUACCUUAUUUCUUCUGUUUUUUCAGCUUAAUUCAAUUUGUCGAGGAAUUCUGAAUGAAACCUCAAUGUAACUAUUUUGCCAGGUGCCUUAUUUUUAAUAUUUGUAUUUUUGUUUUGUUUUGUCUAGCAGUCAUGUCCAGUGCCAUAUAUUGUGAUGUGCGAGGGCAGACUUGAAAACGAACUUAGUGUUAUGGUUUACUUAUCCGAUGUGCCUUAGCAGCAAGAAUAUCCUUAAUACUACAGUAAUGUAUCACCAACCAGUAACUGAUAACAGAGGGGUCAGUUUUAAUUAAUUAAAUUCAAAGUUAUUCGUGUGUGCUUCCAAAGUAUUGAGAUUGUAGUACAGGUAUGAUACCUACAUGGAGGGAAAUUUUGAAUUUUCUCUUGAGAGCAAUACCUUUGAAGCAUGUACGGUAAAAUAUGUAAGAUCCUUACCAAUAAAGUAUUGAGGGACUUUGUAGGCUACAAACCUAUUUCAUCACAACUUGUAAAGCAGACACUUUGCAUUGUUAAAAAUUUAUUGCAAUUGCAAAGUUUUUGAUUCUUUCUAAAGUAAGUGAACCUGUGCAAUGCAACGUUUUUAUGAAUGUUUUACUGUGUGUGGGCUGCCUUAAAAACUAACUUGAAUAGGCUACACAUUUUGCCCUAACAAACAAUGCAUCUGCAAUGCAAGUGUCCUGUAUCAAAACAAUACCUGGAGGCACCCCCUACAAGUUUCCAAAGUUUUGCUCCUUUGAGAAAAUUAACUCUGCUGUUAGAAGGGCCCUUGUACACAUUAAAAUACGAAAAAAGGGAACAAUAUAACCCCUAACACGUAUUUUUGCUGUGUUUAGGCAAAGGUGCAUCCCCAUCCCCAUGUCAUAUACUUGAAUUGUCUGCUGGAUGCAUAUUUUAUGUACUUCAUUGAUGUCUGACAACUAUGUUACUUGCAUAUGUAUAUAAAAGUGUUUAUCUUUGUUA